AACAAAUGCAUACAAAUAGUUGCAGAAAACUAAUGCGCACCAGUCUGUAUAAAAUGGCGAAGUGAGGAGCUUGCGUAAAAAUACCAGUAAGAAAUGAAAUAUGGCAGACAGGAUAAAAGAUGAUGCCCUCACUGAGGUUGAUUCCACUUUCUAUGAGCUGGGGAAGAAAAUAAAGGCUGCAACUGAGGCCAAAGACCUCUUAGAUGAGUCGAAACUCCUCCAACAACUAGGUGAUAAAUACUUGGAGCUAGCAAGUAGGUCACAUGAGGGUUGGCACUUUGUCAGGGCAUGUGGACUGUUCAACAGUGCUAGGUGCUGCAUCGAUAAGUUCUCUAAAAUAAACCCAACAGCAGCCCAGGAUGAGCUCCAGUGUCUGAGAGAUGACCAGACUAAAGCCAUUGAUCAGGUAGAAUACUUGUAUAUUACACAUCUCCUGGGAUGUUUCCCAGAAUAUGAGGUCCCCAAAGGUACAUAUAAAUCCAGACUUACCAAAAUCAGAGAAUAUUCAAAGAAUUCAACUGACCAUAUAAAAGAAUUCAUGAAAGUAGACAUAAGUACUGCUGAUAUGCAAAAAGAUGACGAAGUCAAGACUAUCAAGGCAUCAGCAAAAUUCUACAAUGAGUUGACAGAAAAACUGAAAGAUUUCUACAGAGGACUCCUUGAUGACUGUUUUGCAGUACUUGGUAAACCAUCUUGCAAGUAUGCCAUAUUAGGUCUCGGGUCACUUGCAAGGCAAGAGGCCACUGCAUGGUCAGAUCUGGAAUCUGCGAUUCUAUUUGAUGAUACCAACAAAUCAGAGGAUGAAAUCACAAGCAUCAAGACCUAUUUCCGCACCUUGUCCCACCUGUUCCAUAUUAAACUUAUCAACCUUGGUGAGACAAUCCUUCCAAGCUUGUGUAUACCAGUCCUGAAUGAUUUCAACAAAGAACUGCCGACAGGGUUGAAGAACAACGAGUACUUUGAUGAUGUGACACCAAGUGGGGUUUGCUUUGAUGGUGCCAUGCCCUGGGCCAGCAAAACUCCACUAGGGAGGAGAGAGACUGAUACUAAACCACCAUUAGAAUUGAUAAUGACUGCCAGGGAACUUGCUGAACAACAGAGGGAAGAUGUCUGCAUGAAAGAAGGCUACCACCUGGCAGAUGUACUGAUGUCAACUACCUUGGUAGAUGGAGACAGGGAAAUGUAUGAAGAGUAUAACAAAAUUGUUGACUCAAUCUUACAAUCACCAUCAACACAGGAUUCGACCAUGACUGUUGCUAGGUUCAGGGGAAUCCAAACCUUCAUUGAUGAUGCAGAGAAUGAAAAGCAGAAACCUUUCAGUUUGUUUUCACUUGAAAGGACUCUCAGUGCAAAAAAAGACAUUUAUCGUUUUGCAACAAUGUCUAUAAAUUCACUAAAAUUGAUCCAUGGGUUAUCAUCUACUUGUCCAUUAGAUAUUUUAGAUGAACUGGUUGAAGUUAAGAAAAUUUCUGAGUCAGCUGCUCAAGACCUGAAAAUCAUGGUGUGCAUUGCCAUCAACCUUAGACACAGCGUGUAUGCCAAAAAGAACCGGCAACAUGAGCUGAUUUCAUUUAUAAAAUCAUUGGAAGGUUCAAUGGGAAAGUUACUCUCUGUACGUGAUUACACUGCUAUCUACAGGUUCUUGUUCACAUUCACACCAUGGAUUGAGGAUAUUUGCAACAGACAAAUACCUAACAAGUCAUUUGACCUCAUUCUGCCUAGGUACCUUGACAAUACUAGUUUAACCAAAGCAAAGAUCCAUUUUUUCAUGAACUAUCAUGAGCAUGCAUUGAAAUCACUGUUUAUAUUAGAAAAGGAGGCACUGAAACAAGACAACAAAGCAAUAAUUUGUGAUGUUCAAAUUUUCAUAGGGUGCAUUUUUAUAAGGACAGGAAAACAUCUUGAGAGUCUAGAAUAUUUACUCAAAGCAUAUGACAUAUCUCAUGAAUUGACACAGGAUAAUGAGGUUGCCUCUCUCUUUUGCGCUAUUGGAAAAGUCUACCUCAACCUGUGUGAUUAUUCAAAAGCUUUAGAAUUCACACAAAAAGCAUACAGCCUACAACGCAUACUUUAUGAAGGUGAAUGUAACACAAUAACACUUGAAACUAUUUAUAAUUUAGCAAUGUUGAAACAUUACAUUGGUAAAAAUCAUGAAGCAAUCAAAAUGGCAGAAAACAUUUUAGAACAGUGCAGAAUAGCAAACAGAGAUAAUGCCUUUGCAAUGAACUUGGCAAAAUCACUUGAAUUUCUUGCAAUUAUCUAUCAAGGGGUUGGAGGUCAACAUAAGGCCAGAGAGUAUUUGACAGAAGAGCUGAGUAUUUUACAGAAUAUUUACAAAGACAGCCCUCAUGACAGACUUGUUAUGGUAUACAGUCUAAUUGGAAAAAGUUACCUUGAGUUAGAAGAGUUUGGAAGUGCAAUGAAUUACUAUCAGAAAGCUUUUAAGAUGGCAGAAGGCAUGUAUAAUAUGCCACAAGCCCAGCUUGUUACUGCACUCUGUGGCAUUGCUUUACUUUACCGAAGAACUGGGAAACAUAUCAAAGCUUUGGAUAAAUAUCAGAAGGCUUACAAAAUGCAGAGUGAUAUAAGUAAAAAUAAAGCAGACCCAAACACAGCUGAUAUACUAAAUGAGAUAGGAAUGCUGCAUUUAGAUAUGGGAAACCACCAACUGGCAUUAGACAGUCAUGAAAAAGCAUUGGAAAUGUUAGAAAAUGUGUUUCCUGACAGACCACAUCGUGGUAUCGCAUGCACAUUGCUGUGUAUUGGAAAGGUGAACAAUGCAAUGGGACAACCUAAGGAAGCCUUGUUGAAAUAUGAUAGGUGCAAGAUAAUAUACAAAGAGAUUCACAAAGAAUCUCCUCAUUCAAAUUUUGCCAACUUACUGAACCUUUUUGGGGAAACAUAUAAAACAAUGGGAGAAUUUCAAGAGGCAAAGCAGUACUUUGAAGAGGCAUACCAGAUAGAAAUGUUAGUACAUCAUAACCAAACAAAUCAUAGGUUAGCAAAAUCAUUAAGUUAUCUUGCUUCAGCCUAUUUAGACACUAAAGAUGAGUCAAAAGCACUUGAGUACUAUGAGAAAGCUUACAAAAUGUAUAAGCAAAUUUACAAGGAUUCCCCACACUGUGAGAUAGUACAAACACUCAUAGGUCUUGCAGCACUAAUGCAACAAGAUUAUAAAAAAAAACUUUCAUAUUUAUUCCAAGCCCAUCAAAUGUUAAGGUCGCUCUUCAAAGAAGAUCCUCAUCAAAUGAAAGUAAGAGUGUUACUAUUAAUGGGGAUAACCUAUAUGAACCUUAAAAGACCCGACACUGCAUUGAGGCAAUUAGAACAAGGAAUAGAAAUGUCAAAGAUAUGCUAUGGAAAUAAAAAAAAUGAGCCUGAAUUAAAACUGGCCCUUGAGGCAAUGUUAGCCAUCCAUAAAUCAAGAAAUAAUGUCAACAAAUGUAUUGAGAUAGCUGAUGCAUUGCAACAGUUAAAAUUAAAAUAAAACAACACCAGAUGGGCAUUAUCAAAUGGAAAAACAAAAAACGUAAUAAUGUCAGAAAUAGGAAAAACAUGUGUGACUGUGAAGCAGUAAGAGCAGGAAGAUUACAUACAUACUAAAAAACUAUGUUGAGAAUAGCAUUCAACAGGGCUUGACUGUUUAAGCUAAAAAGCAUAUUGAUUAAGAGACUUUAUCGCAAAAUAGAAAGCAUAGAGAGGAAAUAUUAUUAAUAAAGGAUCAAGAAAAGCUCAAAAAUAAGAUCUAUAGAUAAAUACAAUCUGCUUUUCAUACAAAGAUAUUAUGUAUAUACAUCAACAGACCGCAGACCUUAAUAUAAAAAUAUUUUUCGUACAAUAUCGGGGAGAGACAUUAUAUGUAAUCCUGAUCCAGAAAAGAAGGCUUAUGCCUAAGUCUAAUGAUUUUAGAAAAAUUUCAGCAAUUGAUGUUUGGUUUUCUUGUUACACAAAUGUUGAGUUGUUAUCCAUGAAAAGUAUACCCGAUACAACGGAAAUUUAUGUGUAAUAUAGGUUAUUGUUCUUACGUUAAUUGACAAAUACAAUGAACUGCUAUCCAUGAGGCACCAUUGUAUAUAAUAGAUUCAACAGUGGCACAAUUAUUUCCUGGUGUGAGCUGAUAUGUCCUGUAAUUGUACAAUAACGAUAUUUUUAACAUGUCAUGUCUAUUGUCUUGUUAUUAUACAGGGUGGUCCAAUAAAGUGAGCCCUUGCAACAAGCUUCCUCAGUUAUUACCCAAAUUAAUGGACUAAUAUUCUCACCUGAUUUAGGGGAAGCUCUAAAGUUUUUGUGUGUACCAUAAAGAUCACUCAGUCUUAAAUCUUGUAAAAGUUACAUGGCAUGUACUUUUUGACCACCUUGUACAAUGACACACAAUAUACAUCCAUGAGGCACAUUGUAUAUAAUAGAUUCAACAGUGGCAUAAUUAUUUCCUGGUGUGAGCUGAUAUGUCCUAUAAUUGUAUAAAAUAACAUACAAUACUUUUAACAUGUCUCUUGUCUUGCUAUUAUACAAUGACAUGCAAUAUAUUUGCUAUGUCUGUUGUUUUGUAAUUAUUUCAUACAAUAUGACAUUGAUAUUAUAUUAGUUUGUUGUCCUGUAAUUAUACAAUGUAACAUACACCAUUUUUGCUAUGUCAUUGUACUGUAAUUAUACAAUAGUACAAUAAUAAUAUUGCCUUGUAAAUUGUACAUUGUCAAGUCUGCUACCUCAAAAUGUAUGAUUACUUAUAUAUUAGUACUGUACAGAGGUUCCUAGGUAAGAUUCACUCUUGAUAAACUCUCAACAAUUUUGAUAACAUUGUUCUGGAUAUUAUUUCAUUGUUACAUUAAAUCAAGCAAUGAAUUAUUUCCCAGUAAAUAAAGAAUUUACAUAUUAAAACUUAGUUUCUUUGAAACAUAGGAUAAUUUCCUAUGCUAAGGGCUGAUGUGAAAAAGUCAGUCCACCUCGGUGGGAAUUAAAACAAGUGAAUUAUAAUAUGCGAAACAUAAAAGAAUGUCAUAUUGCAAUCUCAAC